AAAAGAUGGACUCGAGGUGGGAGUGGCUCUGCGGAGUAAAUUCCUCAUACAUCGAAGAGCCGUUGGAUUGGUACGACGACGUACGCAACAACACGUGUUUUGUGGACGGUCUGGUGACCAUCCCUCACGCCACCUUCCUCCUCCUAUCAUCGCUCAUUCUUCUCGUCUUGGGAUGCUGCACCAGCUACCGCCGAGUCCACACCAAAUAUCUCUUAGUCUAUCCGGGCCACAGCUUGAGAUGGCUAGUAUCCGUCCUCCUUCUUGUCCUCAUUGUUGCCUCCAUCGGUGAAGGUAUCAUGACUGAUGAGACCUACCAGGCCUGGAAGCAGCCCACGCAGCCUCAUCUCUACAUCCACAGCAUUGUGGCCUUCGUAGCUGUUGGUAUUUCGCUGGUAUACUACCAUCACAUGGAGCUAUGGCAAGUACCGGCCAUGUCUGGUGUGCUGCUGGUUUACUGGCUGUUCUCACUUUCCAAUGAAGUCCUUCGUAUGUUGAGCUUGGAGUACCAGGGAUACAUCGACGUACACGUUGUUGUCUUUGACCUCACCCUCAUCAAACUCGCCAUCUAUCUCGUCCUGGUACUUAUAGAAUUUAACGUCAUCAGAACAAAGCUCUUCGGGUGGUACCACAAGGAGGAACCGUUUCCGGACGACCUGAAGCGAGCCGACAUGUACUACAUGCACUACUACGUCAGCCUGUUCUCGGCGCUCAUGUACUGGUGGCUGAACUGGGUGCUGACGCUGGGUUACAAGAAGCACCUGGAGCUGAGCGACCUGGGCACGCUGCCCGAUCAGCACGAAGCCGAGAACAACCACCAGCAAUUCCGCAAAGCAUUUAUGGAAGAACUGGAAAAGGCGAGGAAGAAGGGAAAGAGCCCGUCCCUGGGGAAGGUCUACGUCAAGGUGUACGGCCGACGAAUGAUGGCUGCGGCCGUUCUCAAACUCAUCGGCGAGGUCUUCGCUUUUGUCAACCCAGUGGCCGUGGGGGCGCUGACGGCCUACGCGACCAAAUUGAAGUUCCCCUCCGAGACAGAGCCGGACCCUGCACACUACGUCACUGUCAACGAAUUCUUCGAGAAUGGUUUCGUGCUGGUGAUGGUCAUGCUUGUCGCUUCCGUGAUCAACUUCUUCUGCUUACAGACACACUACUAUUUCUGCAUCAUGGAGGGCGUCAAAUUACGCGCAGCAAUACAGGCCAUGGUGUACGAGAAAUCGCUGCGGCUGUCCACUGUGGCUACCACGGGAGGCAAGAUGAACAUGGGCCAGAUCACCAACCACAUGUCCGUCGAUCCCAACGCCAUUCAGAUCAUGUUUCAGAAUUUCAAUAACCUGUGGUGCAUUCCGGUGCAGCUUAUCAUCAACCUGGUUCUACUGUACCUUGAGAUGGGCUACGCGGCUCUGAUAGGCGCCAGUGUGUUCCUGGUACUCAGCCCAGUCCAGUUCAAAAUCGCCACCAUGAUCAGCAAGAGGCAGAAACAAAUGCUGGUUUGCUCGGACGAACGGCUGAAGAAGACCAACGAGUUACUGCAAGGAAUCAAGCUGCUGAAGCUGUACGCCUGGGAAGGACUGUACGGAAAGGCCAUUGAAGUCAUCAGGGGCAAAGAACUCUACUUCUUGCUCAAGAUCAACAUCCUUUUAAUCACAACAAUUUUACUGACUUCUGCUGCGCCUGUCUUGGUGAAUGUUGUGGGUUUUGGGACGUACAGCGCCCUCACCGACAAACCCUUGACACCGGAGGUGACUUUUGCGGCCCUGUCCCUGUUCAACAUGCUGACUAUGCCCCUGCUGAUCCUGCCUAUGUCGCUUCUCUACCUGGUCAACGGCCUGGUCAGCGGAAAGAGAGUCAAGGAAUUCCUGCUGGCCCCAGAGAUCGAGGACAGUAACGGCCGGGUCGUGGAGCCACGUUCUCAGAAUGCUGAUGAGCAAAGGGGAAUUGACAACGUCAGCGUGGGUUUCAAGAAGCACUCGGACCAGGUCACAAUCACCAGCAGCGCCAGCGAGUUUGAGGAGGACCAGUUCCUGGGCUCCACGGAGCGAUCCAACCUGCUCAACAGCAAGGCAGCCCGAAAGAGGACAUCGGGAAAGUACGGCGCGGCCGCCGGAGUGAAGGAAAAACGGCACAAGGCCGAGCCGACAACGCGACUGAAGCACGGGGUUGCCAUAAAGAUAUCUCGCGGAAACUAUCUCUGGGACGAAGAUUCAAGUACUCAGAUACUUUCGGACAUCAACGUUGAAAUUCCAGAAGGUAAGCUGACAGUUGUGGUUGGCGCGGUAGGCAGCGGAAAGUCGUCUCUUCUGGCAGCCAUCUUGAGUGAGAUGACCACUGUAUCUGGCUUUGUGCAAAUAAAGGAUAAAGCUCGUAUAGCGCUGGGAGCCCAGAAACCGUGGCUGUUGAAUGCCAGUUUGCAGGAUAAUAUACUCUUCUCUGAGCCGCUUGAUCCCAAAAGGUAUAAGCGUGUCAUAGACGCUUGCUGCUUGAAGCCGGACAUUGAUAUCUUACCUGCUGGCGAUCAGACAGAGAUUGGGGAGAAAGGAAUCAACCUGAGCGGUGGACAGAAGCAACGAGUCAGCGUGGCCAGGGCGAUGUACGCAAACAGGGACAUCAUUAUUCUGGAUGAUCCGCUUUCGGCCCUGGACGUGCACGUUGGCCGCUAUCUUUUCCAUGACGGCAUAAUCAAGUUGUUGGUCAAUAGCAAACACACAGUGAUAUUGGUCACCCAUCAGCUCCAGUAUCUGAACCGUGCGGAUCUGAUAAUUGAAAUGAAAGACGGCAGGAUAGCCGCCCAGGGAACACUGGAUGACAUCAUCGCCGCCGAUCCUGACAUGUACUCGGAGUACAACCAGGCGGUGCAGCAGGCCACGGAGUCCGAGGCCGAGGCAGAGCUGUCCGGCUACGAGUCCGAGGCCACACGGGAGGAACGACUGCGUCUCCAGCGGCAAGUCAAGAGUAAGACGCUCUCCAAACAGAUAUCUAAAGUGGGAGACAACACCGAGGCCGGUGCGCUAAUCGAGAGAGAGGAGAUGGAACGCGGCUCGGUCUCCUACACCGUCUAUCUGUACUACGCCAACAACUGUGGCUGGCUGCUUAUAUUCUUACUGGGCCUCUGGGCCUUCGCAGAUGCUGGAGUGGGUAUCGGCACAAACUUCUGGCUUUCUGAUUGGUCGGAGGCGGGGCUGGGAAAUGAGACCAACGAUCUGACGGAGGAGUACUUCCCUGGUUUCGUCGGUCUCUCGCUGGGCACUUUGGCAGCCAGGGUGUUGUCCAUGAUCUCGCUGGUAGCCGCCGUACUGACUGCAGCUAGACGCCUCCACCAAAGAGUACUACGAAACAUCAUCAAAGUUCCGCUCAGGUUUUUUGACAUGACUCCGAUUGGGCGUGUUCUGAACCGAUUUUCCAACGACAUGCAGCUUAUUGAUAUUAGAUUGACACAAACCAUCAACAUGUUUGUCAAUACCGUACUGAGGGUGUCCUCGGCCGUAGUGGUCAACGCCAUCGUCAUGCCGAUCUUCAUCGCGUUCUUCGUUCCCGUCGCCAUCGGCUUCUACUUCCUACAAAGGUUCUUCCUGGAGUCGUCUAGAGAACUACAGCGACUGGACAGCAUCAGCAAGUCGCCUGUCUUUGCCUAUUUUUCGGAGAGCCUGGGAGGACUAAUGACAAUUCGGGCAUACAAGGCAUCCGAGCGAUUCUACAACACAAUCAUCGAACGAAUCAACGUGAAUCUGGCAGCCUUUCUCUAUCUCCAGGUAGCCACCCGAUGGCUUGGUAUACGGCUGGACUUCAUCGCCGCCUUAUUGAUUUUCCUUGCUGGAAUGACAACGCUAGUGGGCGCCCUCACCAUAGAACUGGAUCCAAGCUACGUGGGACUGGCCGUCUCCUACUCGCUUCAGGUGGCAACUUUUUUGAAUAUGGUGGUGCGUUCCAUGGCGGAGCUAGAGAUCCAAAUGAACGCAGUGGAACGAAUCAAGCACUACACCUACGUGGAGAACGAACCUGAUGAUGGUACCGAGCCGCCGGCUUACUGGCCACAACGUGGCCACAUCGAAAUGAGCCACGUCUCGGCUCGUUACGCUAAAAACACCGACCCAGUCCUAAACGAUGUCUCUGUCAAAUUCAGGGCAGGGGAAAAGGUUGGUGUUUGUGGACGAACUGGGGCCGGGAAGUCUUCCCUCACGCUGACUUUGCUUCGAGUCAUUGACAUCUUUGAUGGUUCCAUUGUAAUCGAUGGUAUUGACAUCAAGACCGUUCCGCUGACAACUCUGCGAAGUAAAAUUUCCAUCAUUCCUCAAGAUCCUGUUCUGUUUACAGGAACAGUAAGAAAGAAUCUGGACCCAAUCGCCCAGAUUACCAGCGACGAGGAGCUGUGGCAUGCCUUAGAAAUCGCCCAACUCAAGGAGGUCGUUGGCGCAUUGGAAGGCGGUCUGGAUUCUGAGGUGAGUGAGGGCGGUGAGAAUUUUAGCGUUGGUCAGCGGCAGCUGUUCUGUCUGGCUCGUGCCUUCCUGCGCAAGUCCCGUAUCCUCAUCAUGGACGAAGCCACCGCCUCCAUCGACCUCGAGACGGAUAAGAUUCUGCAGAGCGUCGUGGCCUCGGCGUUUGCCGAUCGGACUGUGCUGACUAUCGCUCACCGCAUCACCACCAUCUUGAACUCUGACACCAUCGUUGUGCUUGAUGAGGGCAGGAUAGCCGAGUACGGUACUCCUAACGGGCUGAUAGAGAAGGGCGGACUGUUUGCCUCGUUCGUCAGAGACAAGGACAACUAAUCCUUGGAGAAUCAGUAAAACCUCUCGCUGAAUGGGGACCAUUUGUUUGGUCAAUUUAUUAAACCCACACACAAUAAAAUGUUGAUGUGAAAUGUUUGUUGCCUACACAUUGUAAAAAUGGUCCUUAGCUUUUAAACACUUUCGGUAUGCAUUUGUUUCACGUUUAGUCUGAGACAUGUAUUAAAGCUUGAUAGUACCCUUAAUACUAACUUUUAAAGUCAAAUAUGUAUGUUAAUGUUCGUCUUUCUUAGACAGAUGAAAGUGUAAAUGUGAUAAAAGUGUGCAUUUAAUCUAUCAUUUGACUUGACCUGAUAAGUCAUUUUAUUUACUUUUACGAUUUAUACCAGAUGGUACUAACGGGCCUUCGUACGAGCCUUAAUAUGUCACAGGCAUCCAUAAACUUAAAAAUGUCGUGGAUUUAAACAUGUUAAAAAAGUGGGUUUUAAAAACUUUUUAAACUCUAAACACUGUUUUUACAAUGUAUGGUAUGCUCGAAUAAAUAACCACUUAAAAUGAAAGAUACAACAUUUGUUGUAAACAUCAAAAAAC